UUACUUGAGGAGGUGUGUAUAUAUGGAUAUCAAGAAAGAUAAAAAUUCAAGGUGGUACGAUGUUAAACUCGUGCCCGAUAAGUAUAAAUUAGCGAAAGAAGAUAGACCACAAAACAUUGAUGGUCAGGUUUGUGAUUCGGUUCCUGUUAUAGAUCUUGCAAAACAUAGGCAAGCAGUUGAAGCAAUCUUGAUGGCUUCUCAAGAGUUUGGUUUUUUUAAGGUGAUUAAUCAUGACGUCCCAAUAAAGACGAUUGUUGAUGCAAUGAAUGUUCUUAAGGAAUUUCAUGAAAUGCCAUCCAAAGAAGCAAUAAGAGGGUCUCACAAAAAAGGUUGGGCUCACCAAGACAAUAGCACGAAAGAUGGUGUAUAUCUAUGGAGGGAAAGUCUUAAGCAUCCUUGUCAUCCUUUGGAAGAAUGUAUAAAGUUAUGGCCUCCAAAACCGACCAAAUAUUCGGAGGUAAUUCAAUCUUACUUACAAGAGAUACAGAAAUUGAGUGAAAACAUUUUAGAGAUGAUUGCUGAAGGACUGGGACUCGAGCCAGAAUACAUUAAAGAUACAAGUGAAGUUAAACUAUUGGCAUCAAACUUUUAUCCACCAUGUCCAGACCCAAGUCUAACCAUCGGAUUACCAGCACACAAAGAUCCUAGCCUCAUAACCAUAUUGUAUCAAAGCGAUUCAACUGGUCUCCAAAUUUUGAAGGAUGGUCAAUGGGUCAAUGUUGGAACCACUCAGAAUUCUUUUGUUGUUAACAUUGGUAACCAACUUGAGAUUAUCAGCAAUGGAAAGUUGAAAAGUAUUGAGCAUCGGGUAUUGAAUAGUACUAAAGCUAGAAUAAGCAUUGCGAUCCAUGUGAACCCGUCUACCAAUUGUCUUAUUGAACCAGCAAAGGUUUUGGUUAAUGAAUCGGAACCAGCACGUUACAAAGCUAGUUUAUACGGUGAGUAUGUCAACAGCAACAACGCUUUUGGUGACUACACUGCUGCUUUAUAUGCAGAUUCAAGGAUUUCAGAAAGCUGAGACAUCACAAGGCUAUUAGAAAACUCUUGGUUUGCUCUUGGCAUUUGAUGAAAAAUCUUACCAAAAAUAAGAAAUAAUUUAUGUUUAUGUUUUAUGUCUUAUCUUGUGUUUAGUGGUCAUUUGAGAUCAUAAAAGUCUAAUCUAUCUAAUAAUAGUAAUAAAGUUUAGAGGUUUUUUCUUUCCUUUUCUUUAAGAGCUUUCUUGUUUUUAAAUCAAGUUUGGUCAAGUGCCUUCAUUACGUGGUGUUAGUAAGAAUUAGAGUUAAAUGCAAGAAUGGUUUCCGUGGUU